UAUAGUUUGGUGCGUCUCAGCCGACUGCUGCCGUACCAUCGCGUAGCUUUUUGGCUACCACACCAAGUAAGACUGAAUAUUAACUAUAAACAGUGAAGAAAAUGAGUUUAGCUUGAGGAUAUUUUUUCGUUGGAAAACACUUAAUCGGUGUCUGGCAACUGAACGGCACGGAGGCUAUACAGGACAUCCCGUGCGUCUCGGUUUACUCUGAAACUUGCAGCUAUUCAGUGUAGCCAACGCUGCUCCAGUGCAUGAUAUUAGUGUUCCCGUCUCUAGUGAACACCAAGGAAUUGCCUCGGGCCCGCCUCUGCUGUAUUUAAGCCUGCAAACCAACCGAGGACACCCUCGCCACUCCCCACCCCCCACCACCAAAAAAAGAAACUGGACUGAGCAGACGACGCACGGACCACUGAACGUUGAUCCUCAGUGGCAGUUUAUCCUGUGCUUCAACUCCAAACCUGGCUUCAUCACCUGCUGAAAGUGACCCUUUGUGGGUCUCUCUUCCCCUCUCUCUCUCUCUCUCUCCUUCUGCUGGGGUUGUUCCCUAGUGGAUUCCUAAUUCCCCUCUCUCUCUCUCUCUCCUGCUGGGGUUGUUCCUUAGUGGAGUCCUAAUUCCUCUCUCUCUCUCUCUCUCCCCUUCUGCUGGGGUUAUUCCCUAGUGGAGUCCUAAUUCCUCUCUCUCUCUCUCUCCUUCUGCUGGGGUUAUUCCCUAGUGGAGUCCUAAUUCCUCUCUCUCUCCUGCUUGGGUUAUUCCCUAGUGGUCCUAAUUCCUCUCUCUCUCUCUCUCCUUCUGCUGGGGGUUAUUCCCUAGUGGAGUACUAAUUCCUCUCUCUCCUGCUGGGGUUAUUCCCUAGUGGAGUCCUAAUUCCUCUCUCCUUCUGCUGGGGUUGUUCCCUAGUGGAUUCCUAAUUCCUCUCUCUCCUGCUGGGGUUGUUCCUGGUGGACUCAUAAUUCUUCUCUCUCCUUCUGCUGGGGUUGUUCCCAGUGGAUUCAUAAUUCCUCUCUCCUUCUGCUGGGGUUAUUCCCUAGUGGAGUCCUAAUUCCUCUCUCUCCUUCUGCUGGGGUUAUUCCCUAGUGGACUCCUAAUUCCUCUCUCUCCUUCUGCUGGGGUUAUUCCCUAGUGGAGUCCUAAUUCCUCUCUCUCUCCUUCUGCUGGGGUUAUUCCCUAGUGGAGUCCUAAUUCCUCUCUCCUUCUGCUGGGGUUAUUCCCUAGUGGAGUCCUAAUUCCUCUCUCUCUCCUUCUGCUGGGGUUAUUCCCUAGUGGAGUCCUAAUUCCUCUCUCUCUCCUGCUGGGGUUAUUCCCUAGUGGACUCCUAAUUCCUCUCUCUCCUUCUGCUGGGGUUAUUCCCUAGUGGAUUCCUAAUUCCUCUCUGGGUUGUUCUCUGGUGGGUUUCUGAUCCCUCUCUCUCCUCCAGCUGGGCUUGUUCCCCAGUGCACUCCUAAUUCCUUCUCCUCCUGCUAGGGUUGUUUCCUGGUGGGUUCCCAAUACCUCUCCUGCUGGGUUGUUUCCCAGUGGACUUCUAAUUCUCCUGUAUUCUUCUGCUGAGUUUGUUUCUCAGUGGGUUUCUAAUUACUCUGUUAUACUAGGAUCAAAGGGCUUUCAUAGCCUCUUGGGUGUUUCAAAAUCCCUCUUUUCUUGUUCUAUUGUGAUUACUACUUCGUCUGCUACUUCCUACUUUUUGAGCCAUAAUGGUGGCUGACUUGAAGAUUAAAGAUGUGCCACGAUCACUUGUUAGGGUACCUGGUAGUGGGCGGGGCCAUGGUGCUGCUGCUCCUGCCAUAAGUUGUGAUCUGGGCAGGGUCUCCUCACUAGCUGCCACAAUACCAGUCAAUCCCUGCCUGCCAGCCAUCAUGAUAGGAACUAAAAUGGUUGCAGUAUCAUCCACCAAUUACCAAGCCAAAAACAAGCUUGCCACAGUUGGUAUCCAAGGCAUCUCUGCUAAUGUUUCCACUAGAAGACCAGUUAACUCUGAGGCAGAAGCUGAGAUAAGGCAAGGAACCAAGAGGGCACGGGUAAGUGUCGACUCCACAACUACGAAUGCUUCCUCCUGCGAGCCAGUGGGAGUCUCCCCUGGAACGCAAUCAAAUGGAAACCAAGAGAGGCCAAAUCCCACAACCAAAAGGAGGGUAGUCACUGCGAGGAGGACUCAACCCCGACGUGUCCUGUCAUCAGACUACAGCAGGAGUAUAGAAGAUCUGCUGGAAGAGCAGAGGAACCUUCGUGAAGAGAACCGGCUGUUGCAGCAGCAGCUUGCACACUACACACGCAUGCGCCUGUAGAGGGAAAGGCGCCUACUUGAAAUUGUUUAAUAGUGACAUGAAUGAACAGCAACACUGGCUGAGGCAGUUGCAGUGAUUAGCAGCCAAUCAUGUGCUGCCUCUUUGAUGAUAGAUGGAUGGCUACUAAAACUGAAGUAGAUUAAUUUUGGCAACAACAGCAGUUGCCACAUCGUCCACAUUUAUAACCAUCAUUCACAAUUUAUAACCAUCAUUCACAAUAUGUACAAAAAAAUUAAACUUAUUUUAUUUUAAUAGUAAACUUACUGAAAUGAUGAAAAACAAUGGGAUUUUUAGUAUAUUUAAUGAAAACAAAAUCUAUUAAUAUUGUAUGAAUUUGGGAAACCUUUCGAUGUGAAAAGAUCCUUUGCUUUGGUAUUUCCUCCAAACCUUGGCUGCUCUCAGCUCAGCAGGGAUAUCAGAGCAUCAAAGAACUUGCUGCGGUCCUCCACACUGAGGCGUACCACUGGGGGAGUAGCAGGACACAUGUUACAGUACGAUCUCAUCAAAUUGUUACUAACUUUACAUUGGGAAUAAAUAAUUUAUUGUGUACUAUUUUUCAUGCAGUAAAGUAUUCACUAUACGGUCAAGAUUUUUUUGAGGAAACAAAUAUAUAUGCAUACAUACAUAUAUGUACUAUGUAUUAUAACCUGCCCUUUCUUGUACAUGAUGUGGCAUUCAAGCAAAUGUGAAAGAAAUCAGUCCUAUCUAAAAAAUAAAAAAGAAUUUGCACCAUUUCAUAGACAUUUACCAGUAAACUGUCAUAUAUACAUUUUAACAUGUAUAUCACCACCACUUGAUCUGCAGCCAGCCAGCUGUGUGAGGCAGACUGUAUACUGGGAACUGAAACCCUACUGGGCACACAAGAUAGUACAUGAUGUCAGAUGAACUAAGGUGAAUUAUGGCUGACCUUUUUGUUUUAAAGCCACUACAUCUUCAGGAAAAGGCUGUAUAUAACACACACACACACACACACACACACACACACACACUGUAUAGAAAGUAUGCUAAGCACUAUCAAAGAAAAGCUCCAGUAGAUUUAUCAUAUGAUGAAAGAUACACUUGCAUUUCCUUUAAUGGUUGAUAGCAGAGAUAUCAGUCAGAAUGCCAAGAACAAGCCACCCUUUUCUUUGCCCUUUUGUACUUGUUUUAAGCAAACCCUCCAUAUCUUAUAUUGGGCUGGCACAAAUGCAGGCCAUCAAGACCGAAGCAGUUGCUCUGAGUUAUGUUAAUGUUAUACAAAUACAACUUAAAUUUGACUCAAAAUAUGCAAACUUAGAGCACCAGUUUCAGGAAAGUCUGAAUUUGGCACUUUGCAUCCCUUCUAUGUAGAAUUUUACUCAUUUCAAAUUGGUUAUAAAUAUUCAGCUGAGUAACAUUCUACAUAGUGGAUUCACACAGAUGAUACUAACUUAAACUUUCAACCAAUAUCUGUACGUGUACAAAUUACAACAAAUUCAAAAGGAAAAUUAUUUACUUGCCAUUUGUAUCAAAAUAGUCCAGGUCUGCCUUGGCAUUUGUCUUCUCAGCUGCCUGUUCAAAUGCCUUCCCCAGAAGGCUGCAAAAUAAGGUCCAACACUUCAUUUCCCAUACAAAACUUUCAAAUAUUUAUUAUUUUGCUCAACAUCUACUCUUACUUUUGAUUUUGAUGAUAACAAAACCUGAAGGACCAAAAUGUCUGCUGUAGUUUCUUCUCUUGUGUUCCUAUGAAUAUCCGGUAAUGCUUAAAUUUACUCUUCACAGAGAUCAUCAAUGCCCAUACACACACACAGAGAUCAUCAAUGCCCAUACACACACACAAUGGUCAACCUUUGACUUCCAUCUCCUCUCGUGACUGUCAAGCCACAGGCGUACUGUGCACACACUGCUAAGCUUUCAAGUCUUGACAUUUAGCAAGACUUAAUUAACUGUUUAGUUUCCUACUGUAAACAUAUAAAUUUUUAGUUUGGUUC